AUGGGAUUGAUGUGCAGUACUUGGAGGAUCCACUACUUGAGAACAUCAAAAUCUGACAAUGCGCAUUGUGAACCUUGGGCUCCGCCUCUUAUUAGGGCAGUGAUGUUGUCGGAUGGUGAGAAGAAGCUAAGCAAGAACGAACAGAAAAGGCUAGCGAAGCAAGCGCAGAAAGAGAAGGAAAGGCUGGAAAAAGAGGCAAAGAAAAAUGCGGAAGCUCCGAAGGCAGGAAAAACAGAAAAGCAUGUCAAAGAGGCUGAUCCGUCUGAUCCUCAAGAAUAUUACAAAAUGCGAGUUGAAAUGAUCAACAGCCGAAGGGCAGCUGGCGAUAAUCCAUUCCCUCACAAGUUCAAUGUGACAUCAUCGAUAGCGGCAUUCAUUGAGAAAUAUGAACAUUUGAAGAACGAGGAAGUUUUGAAUGAUGUACGGGUCAGCAUUGCUGGACGCAUUUACUCAAAACGUGAAUCGGGUAAGAAUCUAGUCUUCUACGAUGUCCACAAUGGUGGCACUCGUCUCCAGGUCAUGGCAAACGCUAGGUAUCAUGCUGCUGGUGCUGAAGACUUUAGCACGGUGCACGAACGCAUCCGACGUGGAGAUAUCGUUGGAUUCAGUGGUCAUCCUACAAGGUAUCGUAUGCGUUACCUAGACCUCAUUCUCAACCCACAAGUGAAAGAUAAGUUUGUGGUACGUAGUAAACUCAUCACAUUCUUGCGAAGGUAUCUCGACAACCUGGGCUUUCUGGAAGUUGAAACUCCGAUCAUGAACCAAAUUGCUGGUGGUGCUACUGCAAAACCAUUUGUUACCCAUCACAAUGAGCUAGAUAUGGAUCUCUUCCUGAGAGUCGCUCCUGAGCUUUACCAUAAGAUGCUAGUAGUUGGUGGAAUCGAUCGAGUUUAUGAAGUUGGCCGCUUGUUCCGUAAUGAAGGCAUUGACAUGACGCACAAUCCUGAAUUUACAACUUGCGAGUUCUAUAUGGCAUAUGCUGAUUACGAGGAUCUAAUACGAUUAACUGAAGAUCUGCUCAGUAAAAUGGUCAUGUUCAUUCACGGUACAUACAAGAUCGUUUACCAUCCGAAUGGACCUGGAGUCGAACCAGCUAUGGAAAUUGAUUUCACUCCACCCUUCAAACGUGUGAACAUGUACGAAGGACUAGAAAAGGCUUUGGGCGUGAAGCUACCCUCUCCGGAUACCCUGAAGACAGAGGAGUCUCGCGAAUUUUUCGAUAAGCUGUGCCGUGACAAAAAUGUGGAAUGCGUAGCGCCGCGAACAACAGCUCGUCUCCUGGAUAAGCUGGUGGGAGAAUUCCUUGAGAGCACUUUCAUAUCGCCUACAUUCCUCAUUGGACAUCCACAAAUAAUGAGUCCUCUUGCCAAAUGGCACAGAUCGGUUCCUGGUCUCACUGAGAGGUUUGAGUUGUUCGCUGCAACAAGAGAAAUUGCUAAUGCGUACACGGAGUUGAAUGAUCCCAUCAGACAAAGACAAAGCUUUGAACAGCAAGCUGCUGACAAGAGCGCUGGAGACGACGAAGCUCAGUUGAUUGACGAGAAUUUCUGUACUGCCCUCGAAUACGGGCUACCACCUACUGCCGGUUGGGGAAUGGGAAUUGACCGCUUGACCAUGAUCUUGACUGAUAGCAACAAUAUUAAGGACGUUCUCUUCUUCCCAGCUAUGCGACCGGAUGAACAAGGGCAAUCGUUGGAGAAUGGGUUAGAAAAUGAUUCAAAUUGUUGAAUCUGCUUCUUUUGUUAUUCUGGUGUUCUGUUUGUUUGGGUGUGUUAAA